GUAUGGUCGAAUCUCUCUUUUCAUUUUUUGUUUAAAUCAAAGAAACAAACUACGCUUCAAAGCAGCGGCUACAGAGAGUCGCCACCGGAACUUCAAGAAGACGAAUCCCUCUGUACUCUGUAGUGGAUGAUUAAGCUGGCAGACCCGAGGAGUGGGUGGCGGAACAAAGGAAGCGGCAGAACGAAGAACGCUUUAGGAAAAAUGAUGAAUCAAGUCAUGUGUUCAAAUUCGAGAAUCCUUUGGUUAUGCGGUUAGUUUGAUAAAUCUUUUUAAGUACAGUUUUAGAGUAAUGUUAAUAAGAUCAACACUCUCUGUCCACAUGGGCAAAAGCUUACAUUAUUUGUUCAAAACAUCCUGCUUUGCAUUUUGCUCAGCCGGGGGCUUUAAGGAUCAUAUUCACAUACAUACAAUUAAUAAUAAUGGGUCAGAGUCCGAAACUGAAUGGGAAAGGUUACUAAAACCUUUCGACUUGAAUGAACUUCAGAAAUUGCUUGUUCCAAUUUCCCCAUUUCAGCUUUGUAAGCUGCUUAAACUUCCACUUGAUGUCGCUACGUCAAUGGAUAUAUUUGAAAGGGCAGGCUCCCAAAAGGGUUAUUGCCACUCAUUUGAUGUCUACUUUUUGCUAAUUGAUAAGCUUGGGGCUGCUGGUGAGUUUAAAGUUAUUGAAAGGUUGUUGGCACAGAUGAAAGAAGAAGAUAUUAUUUUCAGGGAGUCCCUUUUCAUCUUGAUUAUGAAAUAUUAUGGGAAAUCUGGUUUUCCAGGUCAAGCAACUAGGCUACUCUUGGAUAUGAAAGCUGUUUACUUUUGUGAACCGACGUUUAGAUCAUACAAUGUUGUAUUGGAAAUACUAGUGGAUGGAAACUGCCCUAAAGUUGCAUCCAAUGUUUUCUAUGACAUGCUGAGCAAGGGUGUCUCUCCCACUGUUUACACUUUUGGAAUAGUGAUGAAAGCACUUUGUAUGAUUAGUGAUGUGGACUCUGCAUGCUCACUCUUGAGGGAUAUGACAAAACAUGGAUGCGUGCCAAAUUCAGUGGUUUACCAGACUUUAAUACAUUCACUCUCCAAGAAUAACUGUGACAAUGAAGCAUUAAAACUUUUGGAAGAAAUGUUUCUGAUGGGUUGUACACCUGACAUUCGGACUUUUGAUGAUGUAAUCCAUGCGCUUUGCAAGGCCAAUCGGAUUCACGAGGCAGCCAAAGUCGUUGAUCGUAUGAUUCUUCGAGGUUUUGCUCCUGAUGAUGUAACUUACGGAGUUCUAAUGCAUGGAUUGUGUAAAAUGGGACAAGUUGAUGACGCAAGGGCAUUGCUGAACAAAGUGCCAAAUCGCAAUAACGUGCUUUUCAAUACAUUGAUUAAUGGAUACGUUACGAGUGGAAGAUUUGAUGAAGCUAAGGCAGUAAUCUAUGAUGACAUGUUAAAAUUCGGUUGUCAGCCUGAUGCUUUUACAUUUAACAUACUGAUUUAUGGACUUUGCAAGAAAGGUUUACUAUAUUCAGCUCUUGCAUUGGUAGAUGAGAUGACAGUUACGGGUUGUGAGCCUAAUGUGAUUACAUACACAACGUUGAUUGAUGGAUUCUGCAAGGAAGGCCAGCUAGAGGAAGCUGGCAAUGUUUUGAACGAGAUGAAAACCAAGGGGCUUUGUCUCAAUACUGUGGGAUAUAAUUGCCUUAUAUCUGCUCUAUGCAAAUCUGGAAAUGUUGAUAAAGCUUUGACAAUGUAUAAUGAAAUGUCAUUCAAUGGAUGUAAGCCAGACAUAUUUACAUAUAACUCUCUAAUAUUUGGACUAUGUAAGGUUAGUAGAAUGGAAGAAGCAUUGGGACAUUAUCGUGAUAUGUUUUUGGAGGGUGUUAUUGCCAACACUGUCACUUACAAUACAUUGAUUCAUGCCUUUUUGAGAAGAGGGGAAAUCCAAGAAGCACUUAAACUUGCAAAUGAUAUGUUAUUUAAGGGAUGCCCUCUUGACAAAAUAACAUACAAUGGCCUAAUAAAGGCACUCUGCAGAGCUGGGGCUGUUGAGAAAGGCAUGGCACUGUUUGAUGAAAUGACGAGGAAGGGGAUUCAUUCAGAUAAUAUUUCAUGCAAUAUUUUAAUUAAUGGUCUCUGUAGAAGUGGUAGAGUACGUGAUGCCCUUGAAUUUCUAAGGGAUAUGAUUCAUCGAGGUUCAACUCCAGACAUAGUUACUUACAACAGCCUAAUAAAUGGCCUAUGCAAGGUAGGACGAAUCUGGGAAGCUUUGAAUCUCUUUGAAAGAGUACAAGUUGAGGGAAUAUGUCCAGAUGCUAUCACUUACAACACUUUAAUCAGUUCUUAUUGCAGAGAAGGCAUGGCAAAUGAUGCUUACAUGCUACUAUAUAGGGGUGUGGACAAGGGAUUCAUCCCAAAUGAUGUAACUUGGUACAUAGUGGUCAAUAAUUUGUUUAAAGGAGCUACCAAGGAGAGUGGAAGUUCAUAUGCACAGCCUUGAUUUCAUAUAACACUGACAGGAGUGCAAAGUCUGGUAAAAUUAAGUGGCUUAAAAGAAGGGUAAAAUCUUGGGAAAUUAAGUUUUAUCUGGCCUGUUGAGCUUGUAAAAUGAUGGAACGUAAAGUUAUGUGGCUGGCAAGAAGGGUAAGAUCCUGGGAAAUUAAGCUUUGUCUUGUUUGUAGAGCUUGUAAAAUGAUGGAAGGGGUGCAUGGUGUGUACUUCAGCUAACAACUACUCUGUCAUCUAUUCCUAAAAAGUAUGUCGUCAAUCUUCGAUUGUUCACUCUUACUGUUUUUGGUAAUAUUCUUAUAAUCAAUUAUCAAUAAUAUGUUGUUAAAUAAAAACAUCAAUAAUAUGCCAUUCUUCCUUUUUCAUCUACAUUGUAAAAUUGUAUUCAGACAGGGUGAAACUGUUGUUCUACCUAUGUAUGAUUUUUAGAUUCAUAUCGGCAAAUGCAUUGUUUAGAUAAGGUAAUGGAGUAUAGAUUAUGAUCCAGCUAUCAGUUGAGAGAAAAUUUAGAGUUUUAAGAAAAAUGGCAUCAUCAUGGUUGGGAUGACCCCUUUUGUUCAACUUCCUCUCUAGGAGAAGGAUACGGUGCAAAAUCAUGUAUAAUCAGUACUAGACAAUACUAUUCUGCCAUAUCUCAAAGACUUCUAUUUUGUAUUUAGAUCUGAUUAGGUAGAUUUUGAUGGAUUUAAUCUCUUAAUAUGUACAGGUGUGAUUGGUGCAAGGGGAAGAAGAACCACAUGAAUGUGUAAAUUGUAGAAUCUCUUAAAGACCUAUAAUAAGAUUCACAUAAUUGACAUGUAUAGAUGUUUUCUAGUACUAUUAGUAGUAUUACUUGCAUAGCCAUUGCUUCUUGUACAGAGGAUGGUAACAUUUUUCCGUGGUUGGAAUAUAAUGAAGCUGUCAAACAUUUCUUCUUUCUUAAUUGAAAAGAGGAAGUGAUGUACAGAUUUUUUUUCUU